AAUGAAAACAUUGAACGUCGCGUUGCGCAGACCAAUCGAGAUGCGAUCGAACUUAUUUGUUCGGAGUGAGGGCCGAUUGAGUGGAUCCGGAAAUUAUCUUUCGAUAUAAUCAACAUCAAUAAGAUAAUAAGAUAAUUCGGAUUAUCUUGUCGUCGUUAUAUAUUAUUAUAGCCGUCUGAUCGCGUCCACGCCCAGAUCAGUCGCGGUGUUGAGGACAGACCGAAGCUCAGUCAUCACGUGAUAGACGAAUCGGAUACCACGUUCAUUAUGACAGAAUCCAGGAAAACGUCCCAGGUGAAGAGGGUCUCUCUCGGAGUUGGCGGUGUUUUGGUGAUGCACUCGGACGAACCGAAGCGAGGCGCCUGGGCCAACCAGAUCGAAUUUAUUCUAUCCUGCAUUGGGUAUGCCGUUGGCAUCGGCAAUGUUUGGCGUUUCCCUCUCUUCAUAUAUCGCAACGGUGGUGGCGCCUUUUUGAUACCCUUCAUUCUCAUGUUGAUCACGAUGGGUUUGCCUAUAUUCUUCCUGGAGCUUUGCAUGGGCCAGUACACUAGACUGGGGCCCAUAAAGGCUUUCAGUCGCAUGGCACCGGCUUUUCACGGGUUAGGUCACUGCACAUUGAUCGUCAUCUUCUUUGUGCUGAUAUAUUACAUGGUAAUAAUCGCGUGGACGUUAUUCUACACCUUCGCUUCUUUCUCGUCGAAACUCGCCUGGGCGUACUGCGACAACGAUUUCAACACGAAAGAUUGUUACAGCAGCCUUCAGAACGAAGAGUGCAAGAAGAAUAAUUCAAGUACUAUAUUUUAUAAUAAGGCUUGCACGGCUAUUAGCACGGUCUGUUCCAGCUAUGGCUACGACGAUCAUAAUACCACCCACUGUCUGUCCACCUCGAGAAACGAGGCCAAAGUGUUCGGCGAUGUCUACAAUCGAACACUGUCGUCCGAGGAGUACUUCAGAGAUUACGUUCUUGGUCUACACGAAGACACCACGUGGGAAAACUUCGGCGGCAUACGAUGGGAACUAUUCGGAUGCCUCACGCUAGCCUGGGUAGUGUGUUUCUUAUGCCUGGUACGCGGUAUCCAGACUAUCGGCAAAGUUGUCUACUUCACCGCGCUCUUCCCUUACGUCAUUCUCACAAUUCUUCUAGUACGCGGUGUUACGCUGGACGGCGCCGAUUACGGCAUGCUCUGGUACAUAUAUCCCGAUUUUUCGAAGCUGAAUGGCGCAAGUGUGUGGGCGGACGCGGCCUCUCAGAUCUUUUACUCGCUCGGCAUCGGCUGCGGAUCCCUGGUGACUCUCUCGAGCUACAGCACCUUCACCAACAAUUGUCACAGAGACGCUAUCCUCGUCACCUGCACCAAUCUAUUCACGUCCGUUUACGCCGGUCUGGUGAUAUUCGCGAUACUCGGAUUCCUGGCCAAGCAGAUGGGUAUGCCGAUCGAGAAGGUGGUCCAGAGCGCGGAGGGACUGGCUUUCAUCGCUUAUCCGGAGGCGGUGGUGCAGAUGCCACUGCCGAAUCUCUGGGCCAUCCUGUUUUUCGUUAUGCUCUUCAUACUCGGUCUCGGUAGUCAGUUUGCAGGCGUGCAGGCGAUAAACACCGCCAUACUGGACUGGCGUCCGGAUUUGCGGAAAUACGAGAGUUUCGUGGUGCUGGCUAUAUGUGUUACUUGCUGGUUCAUGGCGAUUCCGAUGGUAUUCGACGGCGGUAUCUACCUGUUCAAGCUGAUGGACUGGCAUACCGCCUCCUGGGCGAUCCUAUUGAUCGGCUUCGCAGAACUCAUUGUGGCUUCCUGGUUCUACGGCUGUAACAGAUUCCUAGCUAAUCUCGGCGAAAUGAAAAUUAAAUUCGGCCGUUUCCUUCACGGCUAUUGGUGGAUCUGCUGGGUCGCUCUCGCACCUCUCACUUGCCUCGGAGUCUUUGGAUAUCAACUGGACCAAACCGAUUUUCGGGGGAGUUACGGCGAUUAUAUAUUCCCCGUCUGGGCGGGCGCGCUUGGAAUUGGAAUCGGACUAGCCACUUUGCUGCCGUUGCCGAUCUUUUUUAUCCUAAAAUUCUGGAAAACGAAGAACUUCCUCAGUUUAUUCCGACCCACGCCGUCGUGGAGGGCGGCCGAGCAGGAUACGCUGGAUAAUGAUAGUGUCGACACCGCAGUAGUCAAUCCGGCAUACGUUCCCCCAGAUAGAUUCUGAAUUCAAUCACCUGGUAUACGCGAUGAGCGACAAUUUGAAGAAGUAUACAGGGUCCCAAAAACACUGUUCUCUAAUAUGUAUAAGGCGUAUUUUUAAAGAAAAUACUCAUUUCGUUUUAGGAAUAAGUUAUUUUCACCUGAGAAUAGAAUGUCAAUAAGUUAAUAUAGCAAAAUACAGAAUGUAAUCAAAAAAUAAUUUUGCAUUGCGCAAUGAUAUUUUUCGAUAAAACUCUGUGAAUUUAGCUUAAUUUUCAUCCUCAGAAUUAUUUAAUAGCUACAAAACAUUUGUAUUUUGAUGUAAAAAAAAUAUGCGUAUUUUUGAUGCCCCAUAUUUAUCGAGAAAUGUUUCAAUCUAUAUAAAAAUAUGUUUGCUAAAAUAUUUAUACAAAAUUGAAAGAAAUGAAUUAAUAUAUUCUCAAAUACAAAAAUAUAGGCGGUAAUAUUUUAUUUCAUAAUUUUAAAUUUAAUUAUAUGGCUGUACAGUGAGAACGAGAAAAACAUUUCUGAUAUACACAUAAUUUAUCGUAUGAUAUUAGAAAUAUGAAAUAACAUGUGCAUGAAAUAAAAUUUUUAAUACAUAUAUAUAUAUUAAAGAACA